AAAAAGCAUACAAGUGAAAGAAGGCACAAAAUACUGGUUUACACAAAAUAAAAAAAGAUUAAGAAAAAGAAAGAAAGCAAAGCGAGGAAAAAAGAGAAAAAGUUGCUGCACGAGAAAUUUUGUACGUCUCCCCAUUUCUAUAUCUGCAUGUGUGAGUGUGUGUGAAGUGAAGUGAAAAUCAAUGCUGCAAGGAAUUAAAACAACAGCCAGUUUACAAUAAAUAUAUAACAGUAAACGGGAUUAAGGGCCACAACAAAGAGGAAAAAAGGAACGAAAUAUUAAAACAUCUCAAGACCACCACCAUGGAACCCAACAGACAUCACGAAUAUCAAACACAUCAUCAGCCGCAUCCGUCGAUGCAGCACCAUCCACCGCAUCCACAUCACCAGCAACCGCACCACCAGCAGCCGCACCACCCACAGCAACCGAUCCACCACCAUCACCCGCCGCCUCCUCAGCAGCAGCAGCAGCAGCAACAACAACAACAACCACCACCACCGCAGCAGAUCCACCAGCAGCAGCAUCCACAUCACUACCAGCAACUGCACCACCAUCCGACGAGCUCCACAUCGGUGGGCAGUUCUUCCUCCGCCAGCUAUGGCAAUCACCACACCCAGCAUCACCCAACAUCAAUGGCCGAGGAUCAGCGAUCCAGGACAGCGAUGUAUAUGAGCAGGAGCACGCAGCCUGGCUUGCCACUACCUUCGCAUCCUCCGCCACAAGGAGCAGGUGCCUCUGGCGGCCCCAGUGGAAGUGAUCCCCAUAUGCAAUACUACACCUCGAACCAAAGUUUGACGGUGAAGAAGAUGCCCGAACCACCGCAUCCCAGUUGGAGCUACAAAAGCCAAGCUGUACCGGCUCCAGCUCCGGCACCUGGAUUGCGGCAGCAUGGGAAUCCCGGCCUGUAUGCGACGGGCAGUACGGCCUACUGGCAGCCACCGGAUGAGCAGUUGCAUCACCAGCAGUCAUCCAGAUAUUCCUAUGGGAAACCAGGAGGCCCCGUUACGGGCUCGAGAUCUAUUCAAGGACCCCCGCCAAAUAGCCAGCGAUACUACAGCGAGGACAUCAAGUACUCCACGGUACCUGCCGCAUCCAAGGUGCUCACCUACGCACCACCAGCCAGCAGCUCCUCGCAGCCACAGCCAACGCCACCCACCUCCAGCUCGUCCUCCAACUCGUCAUCCGUCCGCCACUAUGAACUCGAACAUGUGGUUAAUCCUAGUAAUCCUAGCAACGAGCACCAGCAACCGAGUCCGAAUUAUGGAAGAAAGUGCCCGCCGCACUAUGAAACUCCGCCGGAGCAGAGGAGUGCCGGCGCCACGCCCUCUUCGACGGGCACGCCCACGUCGUCAUCGCACCACCAGAGCCUGUAUAUACCGAUGCCGACAUUUAGUACGGAAAAGUUCCAAACUACCGUGCACAAUGCGAUUGAGAAGUACGUACGGGAAACUCCGGGACCCAGUUUGGAAUAUCCCAGAGGUGGAGCCGGAGCAGCUGUGGGUGCUGGUAGUGGAGCUGCCUAUGGACGCACCAACUACUACAAUCAGCAGCCGGUGAAGAGCUCCAAACCAGCACUGCCUGUUCCACCAACUGCCACCUCUAGUUAUGUGAAAAUGGAGCCAGAGCAUGCGCUCACCGGAAGUUUGCCGCAACCUACGAGAUCCUCGCUAUAUCACAACCCAUACAAUGUGGAGAGCAGAGAAAGGGAUGCAUCGCCAGCCAUGGCCACUGUGCCGGCGCCACAUGGUUAUCCAACGAAAUAUGGAAAGCUGAUACAGCAGCAGCAUGCUGGCGGAGUGGGAACGGGUAGCUCUACGCCGUACUCAAGCUACUACCAUCAGGGAACACCUUCGCCAGCAGCGGGAGCGGUGGCCUCACCCACGCCAGUACCAGCACCACCGCCAUCCGGUGCCCCGGGAACGAUUCUGGGUCCCGGGAUUCCUUCUCCACACAGCAGCCAGUCUGCUCCUCCGCCAGUCAACAGUCAGCAGCCCGCCUCUUCCUCAUCCUCCAGCAAUGCCAACUACUCCACGCUGCAGGUUUAUCCACACGGCCCGGAUAUCUGCUACCAGCCUGGUAGUCAAUCCCAGCCGCAAAACCAAUCCCAGAGUCAUAUAAAUCCGGCCAAAAAACCACCAGCUGUUACAAAACCGAAUUAUCGUGCUUUAAUCAACGAUAUGUUGAAGAGGAAUACAGCCAGUGAGCAGGAACUUAAUCUUCAGAUCAUCAAGAAGACUCUUAAUCAUGCGGCACCCAGUAGAGUCAUCCAACAACAGGGUACUGUGCCCGCUUCUGCUCCACAUCCGCCGCCGCCAGCGAUUCAUUCGCCAUUGGAUUUAUCCAUGCGUACGGUGAAGCAGACGGCGGAUUCAACGGAGUACAAGUACCAGAGGCCCAGCACAGAUUACAAGCUACCGGCAGCGGGUUUGGGCGGUGGACUGGGAUUGCCCAGGUUCGACAUCACGCCCAACUUCUCGGCGGCCACCAGGGGCGGAGCACCCACGAGUCCGGCGCCAACAGCUGUGAUACGACAAGCUCCGGCAACUCCGGCCGUUCCUCUUCCACCCACGGUUUCAGUUCCUCCGGCGGCGGCUGCCCCGACCUUGGUAAUCAAAACGCUGCAACAGAUGCGUCCCAGUGUGCUGGAAAGCAAUCCGUUUGCCAAGCGACAGCAGCAGCUGCCGCCAGAGACGAGUAUUGUCCAGGUGAACAAACCACCGGUGGAACUGAUGCCCACACCGUCGCCAAGUCCCCACAACAGCAGUAAUCCCAACUAUUUGGGUAGGAAGAGGCACCUUCAGGAGUACAAUCAAGCGGCCGCCAAGCAGGCGAGAUUGGAUGCGGAAUCUUCAGGAUCUCUAAUCGCAGGAGCACCCCUAAUUGCUGCUCCCACCUCAGUGGUUGUAGUGGCUCCGGUGCCCGUGAUCGCUGUGAACGAACAGGCGCUGGCCGCCAAGCGGGAAAGGGAAAUGCAGCCGGUGAGCCUACCAGAAUCCUCCACUUCCGCCAGUCCCAUACCCAAGAUGGAACCCCGAAUUCGUACCAAAGCAGAGCUUAAGGGUUUCACAUUUACACCACCUGUGCUGGUAACCUCCACCACCAAUGCCUCGUCCAGUACAAUUUCUCCGCCCAGGACACCACCCAACCAGAUUACCAAUCACAUACAAAUCAAGCUGGAGCCAGCGCCACCGAAGGCGGCUGAUUUGGGUCUGGAAGAUGAAGUCAGCUUGGGAAACCUGAUGGACUGGAGCAGUACAUGUAAUAAUCUCGUCGAGCAAUUACUUAGCAAGGUGGUGGUGCUGCCACCUUCGUUGCCACCCGCCACAACCACCGGUAUUAAACUGGAGCUGAGUGAAGAUGAUCUGCCAGUGGCUCGCAUUCUCAAGAGGCAACCUUUGGCAGCCGUAACUCCAGCUGGCGGAGAUGCCGAAUCGGCCACCACCCAAUUGACCACCACUACCAACGGAAUCUCUUCGUCUUUGGGCAAUGGCAGUGGCCAAAAGAAACUCAGCAAAAUGGAGAGGGAGAAGAAACGUCUGCAGCAGGAGAAAAGAAUGGCCGCCCGAUUGGCGCCCCAACAGGGACAGAGUAGCUCGUCGGAGAGCGAUACCACGGAGCUGCACAAGCGCAAUUCCGCCAGGCAGAAGAAACCUCUUAUGCGGAAGGGAAGAACAAGGCAAAGGUCUCCAGAAGCAGCCAGCAUUCAGCAGAGCAGCGAUGAGGAGCAGGAGAAAACCAAUCAGCGUCUGAGCCGCAGUCAAACCUCCAGUGAGGAAAGUAAAGCGAAAGCUACCUCCGCCAAAAAAGAAGUUAAGAAGGAGGUUAAAACUCCCAAUAACAAGGCCAGCAAUAGCGCCUCUCUAACCAAAACCAACAAGAAACAAUUCGAUGCUCCCAGCCAAAACAAAGCUAAGGAUGAGGAGAAUCUAAAGCAGGAAAGCCAGGAGAGCAGCUCCUCGGAAAGUCACGAAGAAGACGAGGGCGAAGAGGAGGAGGAUCAGGAGGAGGAGGAGGAAGAGGAAGAAGCUGAAGAGGAUGACGAAGAGGAGCAGGAGGAGCAGGACAAGAAGAAGGAGAAGCGAGUGGGUCGGCGACCGGGGAACACCCUCAAAAAACGAAUUGCCCACAAGCUGAACACCAUGACCCGCUCUAAACAUCGCAAGGAACUCGAACUCCAGUUGGCCAAUAGUAAGGUUCUACGCAAUGACAAGAUCAUCAGAAAUUCCACCACCAAAAUCAAGAGAAAGUACGUCCGCAAAGUGGUGGACAGCAAAAAGGAGAUGAUGGUCACGCGAUUGAGAAACAAACGUGGGCUGAAUUCGGAUUUGGGACAACUGAAUGGUAGAAAUUCUAAGCUGAAGGGUAACAAAAUGGGUAAUAGUGCCGGAAAACCUGCAAAGACUUCACCUCAGCAGCAAUUGUACCUGGAAGAGUAUCGCUACAAGUUGGCUUUGAAAAUCCCCCACCGCCUGAUCUCGAUCAAUAAACUCAAUAAAGUGGCCGCCUCAAUGCCGGAUUUGGAGCGACGUGAUCUCAGCCAGGAGUUGGCCUGCUUUAAGAGAAAUAGACCCAAGACCAAAGCAGCCAGUAAGCAGGACUCCACACCGAAAUCGAUAAUCGAUGUUCUCCAUUUGAGAGUAACCUCAAAUGGCAGUACGCCGAGUACACAAAGGAAGAUCUCCGUCUCGGCACCCGCUUCCACCAACCUGCAGAUCCACAGUGAAACCUCGCAAACUUCCGCCUCGACUUCACUGUACGAGCAACCGCAGCAGGAGCCAACGGAAAACCAGUCCCUAGAUGAUCUCAGCAAGCGACACUUUAGCAUCUUCGAUACGAAAGUGUUGCAGAGCAAAACACGAACGGAAACCAAGUUGCAGAAGCACCGGGAGAUCAUCCGUGAGAUUUUCGUCGGUCCGGAACGUCCGGCUUCGGCUCCGCCGGAAUGUGCCCAAGAGUCGGAGGCCGGGGAGGCUAUUAGUUACCAGAAAUACGAGGAGUUCCUGCAGCAAAUGAACAGCAUAGUCAGUGCCAAUGAUAACAAGUUGGCCAGGAGAUCUCUAAUGGAGGAUAAGUCCGUAACAGUUCCCCAGUGUCCGCACAAGAGGAAGUAUCUUCGCAGGAAAGGCAGCUCGGGUUUUGAUUAUAUAAGAAAGAAGAAGCGACCAACUCCAACACAAAAUCAAAACCAGAAUCAGAAUCACAACCAAAAUCAUAAUCAAAGCCAAUCUGCGAGUCAAUUGACACAACAUCUAUUGGAUCACAAUCAGAGUGCGGCGGAUGAGCGAUUGGAUGAUACGGAUAGCACCAUAGCAGGUAGUUCCCACUUGCCACCGAAGGUCAAAACGGAGUCGGAUGUUUGUCGGGAGAUCCAGAAGUGGGUGCUCAACAAGGGUGUGGGUCAGAGCACCAUGCAUAAGGCUGCUCGUCAGGGAUUGAUCGAUGUGGUGGUCUACUGCUUGGAUCAUCUGAAUAUGAACCCGGAUCAGAAGGACAAUGCCGGCUACACACCCCUCCACGAGGCUUGCACCCAGGGAUGGCUGGAGAUCGCCAGGAUACUGCUCCAAUUCGGAGCCAAUCACUCGGAGGCUGCUCAAUCCGGAAUCAGACCCUUGCAUGGAGCCAUCGAAAAUGAUCACGAGGAGGUGGUGCGCCUGUUGCUCUCCUAUGGCGCCGAUCCGUUGCUGGCAACUUACUCAGGUCAAACCCCGCUAAUGUUAGCUUCAAGCAAGUUGAUGCGUGGCAUUCUGCGCGCUCAUCUCAGCGAUGCACAAAGUGCCGCCGCUGACAUCAAGCCAAUGCAAUUCCAUGGGCCUUGGAAGAUAUUUGAUGCUAAGGAGUAUGGUUAUGAUAUAUUCAGUAAUGUACCGAAUACAGCUUGUGAUAUGAGCAGAGCUCUACGUAGAGAAAGGAAGGAGGCCAAACAGCAGAGGAUGAGCAGCAGCAAUAGCACCAGUAAUUCAAAUUCCAACGGCAAUGGCUUGCUACCAACCAAGAAGGAGGAGCAGGAGCCCGAGGAUUUGGACCAGGAGCGGGUGAAAACGAUCAAGCAGAACGGGGAGACGAGUGCAACGAAGACUGGACCAGCAACUACGACAGCGGCAACAACGAUGGUUAAAUUGGAACCAGGAAUCGAUGAGGAUAGCAAUAACAAUAAGAACAACGACGAGCUAAAUGCUAAUGUUGAAAAUAAUUUAGUAACAAGCGUUGUGAAUGUCAAGAAUGAAGUGAAAAAGGAGGUGGAUGCUGAAACAGAAGCGGAAACGGAAGGAAAUAUGAUUAGUAGGAGUAGGCUAGACGACGAUCAGACGGACAUCGAGACAAUGGAUAGUGAAUCGAAUGGUGAUAUUUUUGAAUUUGAAGAGGCCGAUGUGCCCUUGCCACCACUGUACUUGCUCAAAGACGAGGGCAGUGAUAAAUGGGUACUACUCAACGAUUUGUGCAAUUUACUUAAAGUUAAAUCAAAGGAUACGUUGCUCAACAAGCUCUGCCCGAACAACAGCAAUGCGUUGGCCAGCAGUCAGAAGCACCUGCUCCGGGAGUUCAAGAUCGACGAUUUCCUGGAGAAGGCCACCUGCCUGCAGCUGUUGUGCGCCGGUGAAAAACUGAACAUGUUCAGCUCCUCGAAGGUUGUGCUCAUUAAAUACAACGACAGUGUGCGCAACUUGUUGGGCGUCAAGACCAUUUUAAUGAAAUUUUAACCGAGAUAUACAUAGCGAUAGGACGAGGCAUGAUCCAGAAAGAAACCACUUAGAAAAUGAUGAACAGAUGAACCUAGUACUAACUGAAAUUAGAGUGUAAAGUGCAAACAAAUAUUGAAAAACUAUUAGUACGAAUAUAAUUAUAGAUUUACAUAUUAUACAUAUGUAUAUUUUAGCUAGUAGCUAGUUUUUACUCACACGUCUUUAUCUUUGGAAGAUAAAGUCUUUUUUAAAGGAAAUUAAAUUAGAGCUAAUGCAAAGUGAUACAAAGGUGCUAUACACACUCAAAACGAAGAAAAAUGAAACGGAAAUGAAUGGAAAUUUUAAAGAGAGAAUAUUGUAAAAAUCUGGAAUCUUUAGGAUUGGCUGCAAUAAUGCAAUUCAAUAGUAGAACAAACGGAAGCGAGGCAAUGAGAGUAAUGGAAACGAACAGAAAAUGUAUGCCAGCCAAGCAGCUAAUAAAUCGAUAUAUACAGAUAUAUCUAGGGAUAAAGUGUAAUCUAUGGUUUUUAAAAAAAGCAAAACAAAUUAGCUAAAGUAUAAAUUAAAUAAUAAUUAUUGUAAUAAUAUUAAAGCAGCAACAAAGGCGUAUUUAUGUAUUAUGUAUUUUUAAAUGAAAUUAUUAACAUAAUAUAUAAAGUAUAUGUAUACACAAUAUGAUCCAACUAUAAUGUAAAUCAAUUUUCAGAUAGGUUUGUAAUUUUCUAUGUAAUGUACGUGUGUAAGUUUUGUGCAACUAUAAAAGGAACCACAAAAAAAAACAAAAGAAAUUUAACAAAAAAACUAAUAAUGAGAAACAAAAUAAA